AUGUCCAAAAUUAUGAAUAAUGUCCGUAUUAAUUUAGCUAUCAGAUAUGAGCUAGAUUUCAUGAACUAUUAUAACUCAUAUAUGAUAGCUGCUGCCGAAAGUACUAUAUUAGUAACCAUUAAUGCCCGUGAAGAAAAAUCGAUCGCGAUUCCGUUGUUAAGUCAUGAAAUGGAUUUCACUCAUGUUUAUAGCUUAAUAGAUACUAUAGAGAUAUUUAUAGCUAAUAAUCUAGAUCGAAGUCGAGAAUUCGCAAGCUGGAUGCAAAUUGUAAUCGUCGAUAAGCCUUUACAGUUUGGGUGGCAAAUUACUCAACACGUAGCAGUUAAAGAACUUGGUUUUAAUGUAACUUAUGUCGCUAAAGAUAAAUCUAUCAUUACUAAGAUGGAAUCAGAAAUGGAAGAACUUACAGAUGCUUGGACGAGUCAUAAGAUGACUGAAGAAGAUUAUUUUGAUUCAGUAGAUCAAAAUAGUUGGUCUGAGCUUGCGUUACAAUUUUGGUCAGAAUAUAACACAAUUCUAGUAAAGCAAGGUCAAGAUAAAACUGUGUAUAUAUACGGGUUCGAGAACGAUAUACUGAAUGCUGUUUCAAGUAUUCAUAAGCUAAGUAAAACUUACUUUGAAGAGAAAGCUCAGAAUGAAGUAGAGAAAGUUACAGCUGAAACAGCUAAAUGGUAUGUAAAAGCUGAAGAAUCUAAGACUUACUUUGAAGUGAAGCUAAACUACGAAAUUGAAAAAAACUACAAGAUUUAUACUAAAGAUAAGACCAAGAAGACUUUUGUAAUCGAUGCAGGAAAUAAAACGAUCGAUUUCGGCGAAAUGAAUCUGAAGUUUGUUGAUGGAACAGAGUAUCCUAUAGGAAAAUCGUCAAUAACAGGUGUAGCAAAGUAUUGA